AUGGCCUCGUCAUCUACCAAGUCGUCACCGCAAAUCGCCACAACGUCGGCUUCAAAGCCACCAGAUAACCCUCUUUUAGUGUUUGCAAACAUAAACGAAGCCCUUGACAACCUCGCGAGCCGCUUCAUCCUCAAUCUGCCACAGUCGGAAUUGGACUCUAUCGAACGCAUAUGUUUCCAAGUAGAGCAAGCCCACUGGUUCUACGAAGAUUUCGUUCGGGAGCAGAAUCAUAACUUCCCGCACAUCAACCUCAAGAAAUUCUCUUCCAUGAUGUUCCACCGCUGCCCUCUGCUCCAACAGCACGCCGCCAACCACGAAGCCUCGUUCUCACACUUCAUGCAAUACAAGAUCAGAGUACCCGUAUGUGGUGCUAUUAUGCUCAAUCCGUCCAUGGACAAGUGUGUGUUGGUGAAGGGGUGGAAGCAAUCAUCGGGGUGGGGCUUCCCCAAGGGCAAGAUAAAUCAGGAAGAGGACACCGCGAAAUCCAAUGCCCGCUUGGAGGUUCUCGAGGAAACCGGUUAUAACAUCUCGGAAAAACUGCAAUAUGAGGACGUCAUUGAGAUGUCCAUGCAAGGUCAACGGAUUUCGUUGUACAUCAUUUGUGGAGUGCCCGAGGAUUUCGAGUUCAAAACCAGGACGCGCAAGGAGAUCAGCAAAAUUGAGUGGUUCAAGCUCACCGAACUCCCGACGUGGAAGUCAGCGAAGCAAGUUAGCAAUCGGUUCUACCUAGUAGCGCCAUUUGUGAAUGCUUUGAAGGCGUACGUGCACGACCGCAAGCCUCGCAGGCAGGGGACUCCCAACAAUAAGGAAACGAAGGAUGUGCCAAAGGCUCACAUCUCUAACAAUGCAGAAGGUUCCUCCCGCCGUGACGCUCGUGCUCGUGGGGCUGUUCAUGGCACGACUAACCUGCAAGAGUCCAGCCAUCAUUCGUCUUCAGUGGAUAAGGUGGUUACUCCCACUCCCUCGGUGGUCGAACCCAGAGAACUUCGCAAAGCUCAGAACUCUGCGAUCCCCCAUUUUCAAGGAGCCCGGCAAGAAACUUCACCUGGUGACCAACCCGGCGAGGCUGUUAUGGACGCCCACAUGGCCCGGAUUCUCCAUACUCUCCAGCUGUCCGCGGAGAAACGGCCAGAGUCUGUCACUCGCCCCGAGGAUCAGCCUUUGCCUGCGUCAUCCGCGGAUGCUACUCACCUGGAUGUUAAUCGGGGAGAGCAAAGCGACUGGUCAAUGCGUUCUCCUCAACGCUUGUCUGAAAAUCGACCGCUACCGCCGGAAACCCAAUCUACGAGCGUAAUCGAAGUCAUACCGUUUGCUGAACAAGGCCAUAACGUUAUUUCCCAGAAUGCACUUUCUCUGAAUCCCUCCACCCUAAUCUCCGCGCAGGCCGAAUCUACCCCGGGACCGCUGUCAGCCGUGCCCUCUGUAGGCACUCAAUCUUCCACGUCCGGGGAUGCGAGUACUUCUGUCCGUGCCCAAUCCACCGUGUCUCGUCGCAGCUCGACUUCCGCUGCAGGCCUUUCGCCGUACCUGUCCAAACCGACGGAGAUGCCAGUCUCCGGCAAGCAGCUGAAGCAGCUCGCGCUGCUUGAAAGUGUAGCCGACGAAUCAGCAAGGAUGACGCCGAUCUUGGGGCACCGUGCGUCGCAGGUGUUUGCAGCCGCUCGUAACUCGCCAGUGACGGCAGCCGCAUAUCCGGAUCGUCCUUUCUCUGUGAUACCGAACCAAGUGCUCAUGCAUGGGCACCCCCUAUACAAUGGCUCGACGAUCCCAUAUUCCGCCAGCCCUCGUGCCUUGGCGUUCCCGCACCACCAAGCACCCGUCUCCGGGAUGAACUUCAACGGCUUUCCCAUACAGGAACGUCCUCGCUCUAGCGCGACAGUGCGCCCCUUCCACGCACCCAAUCCCAUGGCAGGCAACAGGGCCAGCAUGGAUCACCACCAGCUGCACGCGAUGUUGAGCCGCCCGCGUACCAUGAUGCCCCCGACGCUUCCCAACCCUCAACCGACAUCUUUGAUGACUCCACUUCCUGGCCCACCACUGGACGCCCUUUCACCACUGCAAGGGAUGGGUUUUGCGCCUCAGUCCACGCCUCUGGUGCCUGUACACGUCCCUCCCUCGUACCAACAAACCUCCGCACAGACGCCGAGCAGUGCUAAUUUGCUUUCUAUACUUAACGCGUCGCCUAAUGGUGUAUCAAAUGGCAUGGGCCCUUAG